CCGCAGCAUGCCAGCCCGCGCCCCUCCUCGCCGCCAGCAGCGGCUGGUGCUGCUCCGUUUGCUGUCGCUGCAUCUGCUGCUGCUCGCCUUGCGCGCCCGCUGCCUGAGCGCUGAGCCGGGUCAGGGCGCGCAGACCUGGGCUCGCUUCGCGCGCACUCCUGCCCCAGAGGCCGCUGGCCUCCUCCACGACACCUUCCCCGACGGUUUCCUCUGGGCCGUAGGCAGCGCCGCCUACCAGACCGAGGGCGGCUGGCGACAGCACGGCAAAGGCGCAUCCAUCUGGGACACUUUCACCCAUCACUCUCUGGCCACCCCAGGCGACUCCCCGAUCGUGGUGGCGCCGUCGGGUGCCCCGUCGCCUCCCCUGCCUUCCACUGGAGACGUGGCCAGCGAUAGUUACAACAACGUCUACCGCGACACAGAGGGGCUGCGCGAACUGGGGGUCACCCAUUACCGCUUCUCCAUAUCAUGGGCUCGGGUGCUCCCCAAUGGCACCGCGGGCAUCCCCAAUCGCGAGGGGCUGCGCUACUAUCGGCGGCUGCUGGAGCGGCUGAGGGAGCUGGGCGUGCAGCCGGUGGUCACCCUGUACCACUGGGACCUGCCACAGCGUCUGCAGGAUGCCUAUGGCGGCUGGGCCAAUCGCGCCCUGGCCGACCUUUUCAGGGAUUAUGCCGAGCUCUGCUUCCGCCACUUUGGUGGCCAGGUCAAGUACUGGAUCACCAUUGACAACCCCUACGUGGUAGCGUGGCAUGGGUACGCAACCGGGCGCCUGGCCCCGGGCGUGCGGGGCAGCUCCAGGCUUGGGUACCUGGUUGCCCACAACCUACUUUUGGCUCAUGCCAAAAUCUGGCAUCUCUACAACACCUCUUUCCGCCCCACUCAGGGAGGCCAGGUGUCCAUCGCCUUAGGCUCCCAUUGGAUCAGUCCUCGAAGAAUGACUGACCAUAAUAUCAGAGAAUGCCAGAAGUCUCUUGACUUUGUGCUAGGCUGGUUUGCCAAACCCAUAUUUAUCGAUGGCGACUACCCAGAGAGUAUGAAGAGCAACCUCUCAUCUCUUCUGCCCGAUUUUACUGAAUCUGAGAAGAAGUUCAUCAGAGGAACUGCUGAUUUUUUUGCUCUCUCCUUCGGACCAACCUUGAGCUUUCAACUAUUGGACCCUAACAUGAAGUUCCGCCAAUUGGAGUCUCCCAGCCUGAGGCAGCUUCUGUCUUGGAUAGAUCUGGAAUAUAACCACCCUCAAAUAUUUAUUGUGGAAAAUGGUUGGUUUGUCUCAGGGACCACCAAAAGAGAUGAUGCCAAAUACAUGUAUUAUCUCAAGAAGUUCAUAAUGGAAACCUUAAAAGCCAUCAGGCUGGAUGGGGUCGACGUCAUUGGGUACACCGCGUGGUCCCUCAUGGAUGGUUUCGAGUGGCACAGGGGCUACAGCAUCCGGCGAGGACUCUUCUAUGUCGACUUUCUGAGCCAGGAUAAGGAGCUGUUGCCCAAGUCUUCAGCCUUGUUCUACCAAAAGCUGAUAGAGGACAAUGGCUUCCCUCCUUUACCUGAAAACCAGCCCCUAGAAGGGACAUUUCCCUGUGACUUUGCUUGGGGAGUUGUUGACAACUACAUUCAAGUGGACACUACUCUCUCUCAGUUUACUGACCCGAAUGUCUAUCUGUGGGAUGUACAUCACAGUAAGAGGCUUAUUAAAGUAGAUGGGGUUGUAGCCAAGAAGAGAAAACCUUACUGUGUUGAUUUCUCUGCCAUCCGGCCUCAGAUAACCUUACUUCGAGAAAUGCGGGUCACCCACUUUCGCUUCUCCCUGGAUUGGGCCCUGAUCUUGCCUCUGGGCAACCAGACCCAAGUGAACCACUCGGUUCUGCACUUCUACCGCUGCGUGAUCAGCGAGCUGGUGCACGCCAACAUCACUCCAGUGGUGGCCCUAUGGCAACCAGCAGCCCUGCACCAAGGCCUGCCACAUGCCCUGGCAAAACACGGGGCCUGGGAGAACCCACACACUGCCCUGGCGUUUGCAGACUACGCAAACCUGUGCUUUAAAGAGCUGGGCCAUUGGGUCAAGUUCUGGAUCACUAUGAAUGAGCCAAACACACGGAACAUGACCUACCGUGCCGGGCACCACCUCCUGAAAGCUCAUGCCUUGGCUUGGCACCUGUACGAUGACAAGUUUAGGGGGGCUCAAAAAGGCAAAAUAUCCAUCGCCUUGCAGGUUGACUGGAUAGAACCGGCCUGCCCUUUCUCUCAAAAGGACAAAGAAGUGGCCGAGAGAGUUUUGGAAUUUGAUACAGGCUGGCUGGCAGAACCUAUUUUCGGCUCCGGAGAUUAUCCACGUGUGAUGAGAGAGUGGCUGAACCAAAAAAACAAUUUUCUUUUGCCCUAUUUCACUGAAGAUGAAAAAAAGCUAAUCCGGGGUUCCUUUGACUUCCUGGCGGUGAGCCAUUACACCACCAUCCUGGUAGACUGGGAAAAGGAGGAUCCGAUGAAAUACAACGAUUACCUGGAGGUGCAGGAGAUGACUGACAUCACGUGGCUCAACUCUCCCAGUCAGGUGGCAGUGGUGCCUUGGGGGCUACGCAAAGCGCUCAACUGGCUAAGGCUCAAGUACGGAGACCUCCCGAUCUACGUGACAGCCAAUGGCAUCGAUGACGAUCCCCAUGCUGAGCAAGACUCAUUGAGGGUGUACUAUAUUAAGAAUUAUGUGAAUGAGGCUCUGAAAGCCUACGUGUUGGAUGGCAUCAACCUUUGUGGCUACUUUGCGUAUUCACUUAAUGAUCGAUCGGCUCCCAAGUCUGGCUUUUAUCGAUAUGCUGCAAAUCAGUUCGAGCCCAAACCGUCUAUGAAACAUUACAGGAAAAUUAUUGACAACAAUGGCUUCCUGGGUUCUGGAACACUGGGAAGGUUUUGUCCAGAAGAAUACUCUGUGUGCACCGAGUGCGGCUUUUUUCAAACCCGGAAGUCUUUGCUGGUCUUCAUCUCAUUUCUUAUUUUUACCUUCAUUAUUUCUCUGGCUCUCAUUUUUCACUACUCCAAGAAAGGCCAGAGAAGUUAUAAGUAGAGUGAACGUCUGUCUGGCCAUUCGCUUUGGGAUUAAGACGCACAUGUCGUUAGCCAUCCGCCGUGUGUACCUCUCCAUGUUGUGAAGCCACAUUCCACACAUUUGGAUUCUAAAAAACCUUUUUUUUUUUUUGUCAUGGAUGGUAGAGGUUUUAAACAGGUAUUGGUGGCUAUAAAAUAUUGCAGGGUGAACGACACCUGAGUCCACUCUCUUUGGUGGCAAUUGCGGAGUAUACUCACCACAGUUUCUACAAUACCCCUGUAUGGAAGACAUGGAAUACGGUAGUGAUAACAGUGCCAAACAGACAGACAUUUGAAGAACAACUUUAGGAACUUGUUUAGCCGUGUCCGUUUUUAAAUUCACAUCUUUUUGGAAAUAACACUCUCUCAAUUGCUAUCUUAACACCUGUGCUUUACCGGAUCCAGUUUUACAAGGUGAAGUAGAAAAGUAUCUAGUAGAGAUGGCCAAGAGCCCCGAGGCCAGAACAGCCUAUUAAAAAGCACUCUUCUACCAAACGCUGCUGACAUCAGUUUACGGAUACACUUGGGAAGCACACUGUGGACAUUUAUACUCUUGGGAAUGUUUUUUGAGGGGUGUCCUAAACCCCCUAUCCCUGAGCUUUCCCUUACCCAUUUUCCUUUCAGAGACUGCACAUUGGAGAUUUUUUUUUUUUAUAAAUGUUCACAAAAAAUGAAGAUGAGCCCUGAGCUGCUGGCCUCUUCAGAAGUGGAAACUGUAUUGCAAUGGCUACAGCUGUUCGAAGGAA